AUGGACCGGGUCGACACUUUACAGAGGCGUUGCUCCCAGCUUGAGCGGGAGAACGGCGUGUUGUCUGCUGCCUUGAGGGACUACACCCGUCCGGGUAUGGCCCUCAACCCUGUCCCGGUCGACAGUUCUCCUCCUGCCACUCCAGACCGGGUAGGAUACCCGAUUGACCAGGAGUCUCUUGCCACCGUCGAGCCUCCUUCUCAGGUUGGUGCUACCCUGAGUUCCACUCCUGUUCCACCACCUCCCGAGUACACUCCUCACUCUCCAGCUGGGUCUCCACCUUCAGACCCUUCUCCACCUUCACCAGACUACACCCCUAGUUACUCGGUUGCCGGCCUCACUUACUCGGAGCUUCUGGCACUUGACACCGGCCGCGGAUCUCCUGAUCUUUCCGGCUACCUUAGUGUCCCUUCCGACGUCACUCCUUCCGAGCACCCCCUUAGCUCCACCCACGACUCCACCGCACCUGAGUCUAACGCCGCAGAGACCUCCCUUCCUCCUGCGGCGAGUGUGUCCCUGCCUCCACCGACUGCCGCCCUCGACCCCGACUUGCUCCUCACCACUCCACCUAGUCCCCUUGUUAGGGAGGACUGA